CCGUCACCACAUUGACUCCAAAACCCAAGUUUGCCACCCAGUUCAAACGACGUCGUUCCAAUCAAUUACAAAAGCACAUAGUGUGUUUUACCUUCGCCGUCACCACAGAAAAACGAAAACGGAAACAAUGGCAUUCGCAACAACCACUCCUCAAAACCUCACCACCUUCACCACCUCCUCACACAAACCCAAACUUCCAUUCUCUCCCUCUCACUUCCUCACAUUCCCCACUCACGCAAACCAAACCCUAACUUCACGCGCCAUCUCCACCGCCAUUUCCACCUCCACGCGCAUCCACUCUCUCUUCACACCACGCGCCACCUCAUCCCCUUCUUCCUCCACCACCGCCGCAGAAACAACCUUCCACGGCCUCUGCUACGUCGUCGGCGAUAACAUCGACACCGACCAAAUCAUCCCCGCUGAGUACCUCACUCUCGUCCCGUCAAAACCCGACGAGUACGAGAAGCUGGGAACCUACGCGCUCAUCGGCCUCCCGUCCUCCUACGCCACGCGUUUCAUCGAGCCCGGCGAGUCGAAAACCAAGUACACAGUCGUCAUCGCCGGCGCCAACUUCGGCUGCGGAUCAUCACGUGAACACGCGCCAGUUGCGCUUGGCGCGUCGGGUGCAGCGGCCGUGGUUGCGGAGUCAUACGCGAGGAUAUUCUUCCGGAACUCGGUGGCGACCGGAGAAGUUUACCCGCUGGAAUCGGAGGGGAGGUUGUGCGAGGAGUGUAGGACUGGUGAUGUUGUUACGAUUGAGAUGAAGGAGAGUAAGCUGAUCAAUCAUACCACUGGAAAGGAGUAUGCGCUGAAGUCAAUCGGAGAUGCCGGCCCUGUUAUCGAGGCCGGCGGGAUCUUCGCUUAUGCGAGGAAGACCGGCAUGAUUCCGUCUCAUUGAGAGUAGAUAUUCAAGAUGGCUAUUUAUGAUUGUUCUUCCCACCCAUGGAAGCUAGAAUGGACAUGGAUUUUGUUGGAUAAUUGGAGUCAUUUUCACAGAUAGACUAUUGUAUUGUCUUGGGUUUAAUGCUAUUUAGAGUGUUGUAUUGUCGGCGCUAUAAUUGUUAACAUUCUAGGAAUGUGUAGUUUUAUUUAAGGCUUCCAUUUAGAACUUGAAACUUUUGUUUGCAUCAUACUUGUUGCCUAAGCAGGAUUUGUAGUAUAUCCUCUUUUUGUAUUUGAAUGCAUAAAUUUAAAAAAUAAUAAUAACGAAUGUGUGUAGAAUUAUAUAUGUA